AUGAUCGGUGUUAGUAAUAUUACAAAUAGGAUGGAUCCUAAUAGCCUGAAAUCACGUGUUUUUGUCGGAAAUCUUAAUACACUUCACAUACAGAAACCAGAACUAGAGUCCAUAUUUUCAAAAUAUGGGAACAUUAUCGGAAUAUCUGUUCAUAAGGGAUACGCUUUUGUUCAAUAUGCAAACGAAGUUCAUGCGCGAUCUGCAGCUGGUGGCGAAGAUGGAAAGGCUUACUAUGGCAUGAAAUUAGUCGUCUUUUCGUUUUUUAACCAACAACACCUCGUUGAUUUGGCCUUACAAACCCAGGCCUUGGCUGCCAUUGGUGGUCAGUUUUCUCAGCUUGGCUUUAUGAACAGUCACAACAGCAAUCCCAGUGGCGGCUCCUCAUUGAAUCUCACAAGCCUAUUUGGUAAUCCACUGUUGAAUAACGCGCCGAAAAUGCCGAGCUUGUCAUCAUCGUCAUCCCGCACACAGCACCAUCGAGCGCAUCGGCAAAUGCCUUCGUCAUCGUCAGCGAAACGGACAAGGCUUGAAAACCCUCCAGUUGGAGGACCCUCGUCCUCCAACAACGUGGGAGGUGUUCGACCUGCGAAUCUCGUCUCGUUGGUUACGCCAAAGCCUGAAUCCAUCUCUCCAAAGUCUUCCUCUACAACAACCACAUCCACCACCAAAAAGUACCCAAGGAGCAAUGCUUCUGUCAUCUCCGACAAACUGUCAUGUAUGAAGGUCGACAACGGUUUCGAUUUGCAGUCAGUCACAUCCAGUGAGGGAGACGAUCGCCGAAGUAGCAUUGGCGCCCACGAGGACAUACUAAUUUGUGGCCACUGUCGAAGAUUAUUUGAUUCGGUAGAUGCUCUGGUAUCACACAAGUCAAGUGGCUGCAAUCUCGACACUGUUGGUGCCCCUCAAUGUCGAUGCAAAAUGACCGGUGAGCCAGAACGCCUUGACUGUGCCUACUGUGGUGACAGUUUUUUAAGUGCUUGGGAGUUGGUCUCUCACUGUCACACGGAUCACGGGUUGACAAUUUACGUGCUGCCCUCAACCGUGUCGCCCGGCGAUGCAUCCUCGCCACCACCUCCCUCGUCCUCUUCGAAGGGAGAGCAUGGUGGUUGCCUCUCACCCGCUGCUGGCGCGCCUCCUGCUCCCGCUUCCUCCUCAACUUUAACGCCGCCGAAGCAGGAACCUUGCGAGGAGGAAGAAGAGCCAGAGGAUCCGCCGACGCCUCAGCAGCCAGAGAUCGGUGAAGAGGAGGAGGAGGAGGAUGAGGAUGCAGAGGAAGGUACGCAGAGUGCGGCGACAACAGCGACGUCAUUGAAACAGGAGGCCGAAGACAGGGUGCCUGCCAGACAUCGGCACGGCCGCGAUCACGGCCACCACGAGGCGUCCAUUUCCGAUGAAGACUACGAGGAAGAAGUGGGCCAUGGGGACGACGAAGACAGUGAUUGUCAAUUCCCCAGUUCUCGUCCGUCGUAG